AUGACUUUCUUAAUAAAUGUCAAAGAUAAAAUUCUGGGCUCAGCAGAACUCACAGCUGAAGAAAGAUCAAUAUAUUCUGAACAGCUCGAAUAUAUUACAUCUAAAACAAACGAAAUUGAAAAUUUAUCGAAAGAUCAGUUUUUAAUUACCACACAGUUUGAGUCUAUUGAACGCCAAAUGAAAACAAUAGAAACAAAUGUUCAAAAUGGAGAAGCUAUAUACAAUAAAAUCAAUUCAUCAAUAAAUCGAUUAAACUUGAUUCUAUCUGGAUAUAAUAUCGUGAUAGAAUCUACCAAUAAUACCUGGGGAAAAUUCGAAAAAAUCGAAGAUUUGCUCACUGAAGUACAAGAAAAGAAAGAUAUAAUUGAUCAGAGGAAACAAAAAAUUAUCGAAGAAGCUCAGAGAAUUGUGAGCGAAAAUACAAAAGACAAUAAUGGAACCGAUGAAAAAAUUGAAGUUGGCGUUUGA